CAGAAAAUUAGCUCCCCUCUCAUAUGACUGCCAGCCAGCAACUGAAAGCCCUAAAAUCCCUCGUCAUGCGCACGCCCAUUGUUUGCCACGAUUUCUACUAUUUUUUAUGAAAGCAUUUAUCACGGGCCUGAUUUGCAGUGGCAAAACACGCCCCAAUAAUUACAAAUUAUCACUGUUUUUCUCAUCAUAUCAGAUUCACAGCAAUACAAUUUGCAAAGGAGAAAAAUUCUAGCAAAGAUUUAUCUCUGCCUAACCUGCAGUAGGUCCAAUGGCUCGUUUGCUUCUCUUAUUUCUUGCAGCGUAUGGAAUAUGGUGCACUUCAGCUACAGAAUCUGCAAAUUUAUCUGUUACGGAGAUGUCUGGCGCGGAAUACGAGUCUGCUACGGGAUUAUUUAAGGUGAGCCUCAUAAGAAUCUCCAGUUCGAACCCCAGGGACGUUCAGCGGCUUAAAUCUCCCUGUUCUUUGUUCUUCUUUGUUCAUUAUUUGCAGGAACACGUGAGUAAUGAUCAGAAUGAGCGUCAAUUUACAGAAAGUUCGCUAACGGGAGAAAGGAAUGUCAAUAUGCAUCGAAAAAUUGUUGAAUUUUACCUGGACUAUGCAGAUCCCCAACCUAAUAAGGAUCACGCCAGCUCGGCGCCGCAUGUUCCGCCACCGGUUAAGCAUGCCUAGCACUGAAAUUUUCAGUUGUAAAUAUUCACUCGUGUGUUCAUUUGCUCUGCAAGAUUCGAACCCUGGUCUUUGUGUUCAGAGCUUGAUCUCUGACGAUGUGUAUAUCUCUUUGGACAAGUGAAACAAUUGUUUCGUGAAGUUUACUUUAAUAAAACGGGAGAAAGUUAUAUUUA